CAGCUCGGUGACAUGGACAGCAACAGGAGCUAGAAGAAAGGAUUUAGCAAGUUUUCCCUACAAAGAGGGGCUGAAUGUUGAGAAGUUUGUGUGGCAGUGUGGAAGAACCACCACAUGAGGACAGUAACCAACUACUUCAUAGUCAAUCUCUCCCUGGCGGACGUGCUCGUGACGAUCACCUGCCUUCCAGCCACACUGGUGGUGGACAUCACAGAGACCUGGUUCUUCGGACAGCCCCUCUGCAAGGUGAUUCCUUACUUACAGACCGUCUCGGUGUCUGUGUCCGUGCUCACGCUGAGCUGCAUCGCCUUGGAUCGGUGGUACGCCAUCUGCCACCCUCUGAUGUUCAAGAGCACAGCCAAGCGGGCCCGGAACAGCAUCGUCAUUAUCUGGGUCGUGUCCUGCAUCAUCAUGAUCCCUCAAGCUGUCGUCAUGGAGUGCAGCACCAUGCUGCCCGGCUUGGCCAACAAAACCACCCUCUUCACGGUGUGCGACGAGCACUGGGGAGGUGAAAUUUAUCCCAAGAUGUAUCACAUCUGCUUCUUUCUGGUGACAUACAUGGCGCCUCUAUGUCUCAUGGUAUUGGCUUAUCUGCAGAUAUUUCGUAAACUCUGGUGCAGACAGGGUGUUUGGGAUGUUUACACACACGGAAGACAGAGAAACCGUAUAUGCUUGGUUUACGUUUUCACACUGGCUGGUAUAUGCCAACAGUGCUGCGAACCCCAUUAUUUAUAAUUUUCUCAGUGGAAAAUUUCGAGAGGAAUUUAAAGCAGCGUUUGCUUGCUGUUGCCUGGGAGUUCACCAUCGCCAGGAGGAUCGGCUCACACGGGGCAGGACCAGCACAGAGAGCCGCAAGUCUCUGAGCACGCAGAUCAGCACCUUUGACAAUGUGUGCAAGCUGUCGGAGCAGGUCGUCCUCACCAGCAUAGGCGCGCUCCCCAAGGCCAACGGGGCAGGGCCAAGGCCAAGCUGGUAGACCCUCCGUCCGUGUGCCAACGGUGUCUGUGGCAGGGGCCACCAUCACGACUGCCAGCUGGGCUGGAGGCCUGCAGGGAGAGGCUGAGUGACCCCCUCGAAUCUCGUCCACGUCCUCUCACUCAGAGAGAUAACGGUUUACAGAACAAUGCCAUGGUGUUGCAAGUGCCCUGUGAAAGAAGACGUGUGCUUUACAGUGCCCCAGAGGACUUGAGUGUGUAACUACAACUUUCAAAUCCCAACCUGAUUCACUAAAUUACAAGGUUUGUGGAGGCAGAUGGUUUCUAAAAAUGAUCACUGUGUGGACAGAAAAUACAAAAUAAAGCCUGUAUUUAAAAUAAA